AUGGCAUCGACAAAAUCACAUAAGAAGACCAAAUCCAGACAUAGACACAGAGUAAAUUUUCUCGAGAACCCAGCAGCUCAUUUCAGAAAACACCGAAAAGCACCUGUUCGAGUACUUGUGUCAACGGCAACGCAUCUUGUACCAGGUGAUGGGUAUUUUGAAAGGACCACUUUCAUAGCAAAUGUCGUUUGCCAACACCACUGGGGCGAGGACUUCAAACUGGGCCGCGAUCGCCUUGAAACACGCGAUGCUGACUUUGCUUUCGACAACCGGACCUGUUAUUUUCUCAUCGAUCAUGGUAAAUCUCCGAAAGGUGGCGACAAAAACGUACCCAUAUUGAGAUAUCGAUGGACAGGAACAGCACUGAGACUCGUUCGCGAACCUUUGCCUUACAUUGUACGAAAGAAAAUCAAAUAUGUGCCGUUUACUCCUGCGCCACCAAAGGAUCCUCGUCGCUUUACUGCAAGGCAGAAGCGAAAGCACAUCCUGAUGUGCCUUCGUCGCGACAUGGCACUAUCAAGACUCGAGUUUAGGUUCUUGAGAGAGAAUCGCGAGCAUGCAAGAUGGCUUCGACGCAAGCUCGAGCCAAUGCGUUGGUCAAAAUUCAAAUCCCUUGAAGCCGAAUCGCGGGAGGUUGAAGAGACAUUGGCUUCUAGCACCAUCCGGCCGAUUGAACCAGAGGAGCCAAAGGGCUCCUGCUAA